CCCGGCAGGAACUCGAAGAAGGCGGCGAAAGCGGCGUUGCCGCCGCCGCCGGCGCUUUACGAUUCGGAAGAGGAAGAGGAAAGCAAACCCAUGACGUACGACGAGAAACGCCAGCUCAGUUUGGACAUCAACAAGCUGCCGGGCGAGAAGCUGGGCCGGGUGGUGCACAUCAUCCAGUCGCGGGAGCCUUCCCUGCGCGACUCCAACCCCGAGGAGAUCGAGAUCGAUUUCGAGACCCUCAAACCCUCGACGCUGCGGGAGCUGGAGCGUUACGUCCUCUCCUGCCUGCGGAAGAAGCCCCGUAAGCCCUACAGCGAAACCAUGAAGAAGCCGGUGGGGAAGACGAAAGAGGAGCUGGCGCUGGAGAAGAAGCGGGAGCUGGAGAAGCGGCUGCAGGACGUCAGCGGCCAACUCAACUCCACCAAGAAGCCCCCAAAGAAGG